UCUCAUUCUCCUGAAAGUGGCUGUGCCAAAGGUUUAGCUCAAGUAGCUCACGAUGAGCCUUCCGUUUGAUAGCAAGUGUAUCAAAAAAGCAGUCCGUUAACUGCCGGCAAAGGGAAUAAUUUCAGACAAUGUUUUCGAAUUGAACGGACUGUGAUGUAGCCUACCAUCACAUUUAAGGAAGUUCAGAUUUACUUGGAAUGACGAUAACAGCUGGUUGGACAGUACACUCAAGACCCUGCCGGGCUUGUUUGAACACGGACAGCGAGGUUGAUUUUAUUUUUUAAUGGGAAGUGACAGUGAAGUUGGACAUAUCUAUAAAAAAAAAUAUCCAGCGUAUUUUUGUUUUAUAAUGCAGUGUAUUUUUCCUCUGAGGAAUCAGGCUGUGUUUCGGCAGCUCGCGUGGAUAAUACCUAGGGAAGAGCAACAGUGAAAACGCGAAAAAAUCUCGAGGCACCAGGCACACCGGUUUCUAGAGGUCUAUAACACUUAGAAGUACAACGCUGGACGUCACUUACACAGUAGUUGCCUUUGCUGGAUGGGCUCAAUAUAUUUUCAACAUAAAGAGGCUCAGGCUACUCCCGCAGUGACUCAGUAUCAUGGAGGCAGGUAGUGGGGCUGCUGCAGUAGUGGGGAGUGCAGCUUUAGGACUGCUGGGAGCCGCAGCAACCAGCCAUGACAUCUCUGACAGGGGCCUGAGACCAGGGCGUCACCCAGAGGAGGACGACAUAGUACCUGAGCUGGCCCGUCUGGUCUACCCCCGAGAGAGACCCGACUGGGAGGAGACCAUCAGUGCCAUGGCGCGGAGUGCUGAGGUCCCCGAGCUAAAUGCCGAGCCCCUAUUGCGCUCCUGCAGUAGCACGGCCAGCAUGAAGGUCAAGAACAUCAAGAAACUGUCCUUCACCAAAGGCCACUUCCCCAAGCUGGCAGAGUGCGCCCACUUCCACUAUGAGAAUGUGGACUUUGGGACCAUCCAGCUGGCCCUCGCAGAUGAACAGAGUGAAGUGACAAGGAAUGGCUUUGAGUCCAAGGAGCUGGUGUACUUGGUCCAGAUUUACUGCCAGGGCCGAAGUUGGAUUGUGAAGCGCAGCUAUGAGGAUUUCCGUGUCCUCGACAAGCACCUGCACCUUUGCAUCUACGACCGUCGCUUUUCUCAGCUGCCAGAGCUGCCCCGGGUCAGCAGUCUAAAGGAUCGUGCUGAGGCAGUUUCCCAGAUGCUGAUGGCUUACCUCUCCCGCUUCUCAGCGAUCGCUGACAACAAGAUCAACUGUGGACCCGCCCUGACGUGGAUGGAGGUUGAUAACAAGGGGAACCACUUACUGGUCCACGAGGAGUCCUCCAUCAAUGUACCUGCCAUCGCUGCUGCCCAUGUCAUCAAGCGUUACACAGCCCAAGCUGCUGAUGAGCUCUCCUUUGAGGUUGGGGACAUUGUGUCGGUGAUUGACAUGCCCCCGAAGGAGGACACGACAUGGUGGAGGGGCAAGCACGGCUUUCAGGUUGGCUUCUUUCCCAGUGAGUGUGUGGAGCUGAUAAACGACAAGGUGCCACAGUCCGUCACCAACUCAGUGCCAAAACCAGCAUCCCCCUGCUCUGGUCUGCCUCCUGCCUCCUGGAAUCUAUUCCCCCCCUAUUUGGAGAUGGAGAAUGUAAAGCAGGACAGUGCAUGGAUGGCCGAUCCAUUAAACCACUACAGGCUGAGCUCAGUGUCUAAGAAGCACGGGAAGCUGAUCACGUUCCUGCGUACCUUCAUGAAGUCCCGGCCUACCAAGCAGAAGCUGAAGCAACGGGGCAUCCUCAGGGAGAGGGUGUUUGGCUGUGACCUUGGAGAGCACCUUCUCAACUCGGGCCACGAUGUUCCCCAGGUACUCAAAAGCUGCACAGACUUCAUCGAGAAGCAUGGUGUGGUGGACGGCAUGUACCGACUCUCUGGAAUCGCCUCCAACAUCCAGAAACUACGGCAUGAGUUUGACUCAGAGCAGAUCCCCGACCUGACCAAAGAUGUGUACAUCCAGGACAUCCACUGUGUGGGCUCCCUGUGCAAGCUGUACUUCCGCGAGCUGCCCAACCCCCUGCUAACCUACCAACUCUAUGAGAAAUUCUCUGAGGCCGUGUCAGCAGCCACAGACGAGGAGCGGCUCAUCAAAAUACAUGAUGUCAUCCAGCAGCUGCCUCCGCCGCAUUACAGGACUCUGGAGUUCCUCAUGAGGCACCUUUCCCAUCUAGCCACCUUCAGCUACGUUACCAACAUGCACAGCAAGAACUUGGCCAUUGUCUGGGCCCCUAACCUUCUGAGGUCUAAGCAGAUCGAGUCAGCCUGCUUCAGCGGCACAGCAGCCUUCAUGGAGGUCCGCAUCCAGUCAGUGGUGGUGGAGUUCAUACUGAAUCACGUAGACGUCCUCUUCAGCCCCAAGCUCAGCUCACUCAUACGGGAGGGAGCAGGACACAACUCAUUAUCGCGGCCUAAGUCCCUGCUGGUGUCUUCUCCCUCCACCAAGUUGCUGACGCUGGAGGAGGCCCAGGCACGGACACAGGCCCAGAUCAACUCCCCAGUCACGGCGGACAGCAAGUACAUUGAGGUGGGAGAGGGCCCGGCAGCCCUGCAGGGCAAAUUCCACACCGUCAUCCAGUUCCCUACUGAAAGAAAAAGGCCGCCUGUAAAAUCCAAGAAGUCUCCGGUGGGAAGCUGGCGCUCGUUCUUCAACCUGGGCAAAUCCUCAUCUAUGUCCAAGCGCAAGCUGCAGCGUAACCCCAGUGAACCCAGUGAACUGAAGACCAUGGCCCUGGCAGGAGGCAGGGGGGACACAGCAACGCUCAGAUCGGCCAAAAGUGAGGAGUCGCUUACCUCGCUACACAACGUUGAAGGAGAGUCAAAGGUGUACCGUCCGCGGCGACCCCGCUCCAGCAGCGAUGCCCUCUCGGCCUCCUUCAAUGGAGACCUGCUGGACAGCCACACCCGGCAACAUUGUAACGCCUUCGAAAAGCUGGCCCAAGGCAAUAGCGUGGGCUCUACCCGCGACAGGGCGGGCAGCGACGAGGACGAAGGGCCCAUCUGUGUGCCAGCCCUCAUUUCACCCCCGCGUUCGUCUGGCGAGGAUGUGGACCUUAGCCCACCUGACAUCGGCAUGGCCUCGUUGGACUUUGACCCCAUGUCAUUCCAGUGCAGCCUACCCGACGGCUCCUUCUCCUUCCCCAUGGGGCUGAGUGAUGCAGCCACAGGCGUGGCCGGCCAAGGCAGUGCUGAAAACAACUCGGCUCCUGUCUCACCCUCAUUCCUGGGAAAGUUCACCAGCCCAUUCCUGUCGCCUGACCUCAGCCCUGCCAUGGGAAAGAAAGCUGAGAGCAAGAAAAUGACCUGCUCUGUGUCUUUCCCAGACAAAACCUUACAGGCUGUGUCCCCUAUAAAGUCCAAGUCUGCUAUUUUGGCUCCACUGACAAUUUCGGAGCCGUUCGCAGUAGAGUUUCCUGCGAAGCCAACAGAAAGCCAUUGUGUUCCGCAGCCAUCCUCCCCUCCCACGGGACUGCUCAGGGACUCGCCUCCGUUGAUGGGCUCAGUGCUGCUGAGGACGGGGGAGCCAUCGCUGAGUGAGGCCUUCCAGAUGGAGAUGCACUGUAAACUCUCCGACUUAGACACUGACAUCAACACUGAGAGCCAGGACGCCACAGGAGAAGAAAACCCUGCCCAGCAACCUUCACCCACAAGUGGCCGAGAACAACCAGGAGCCGUAGCUAGUCUGGACUCUCCAAAGGCCUCCCCCUCCGUGUCCCUACUCCACCCCCCGCCCCCUCCGAAGAAUGCUGCACGUAUGCUGGCCCUGGCCCUGGCCGAGUCUGCCCAACAGGCAUCCAUCCUGACCCAGAGGAGGCCCUCCAAGUCCCAGCCACCCACACCACUGUCCCCUGUCAGGCCCAUGGAGCCCUCACAUUCUCUGGACUGGCCCCCUCCCCCACCCAUGCAUCCCCACACGUCCCUUGAGGAAGGACUCCAAACAGGAGCAGCCCAAACCCCAAACCAAACCCCCACUACCAUCACCCCAAACCUCACCCCUUCCUCUUCUCCACCUCCCACCAUCACUACUGACAAACAGCCCAGCCAGUCAGCCAGCCGUCAGUCCAUCAGUUCAGGCCCGGGUGCUAAGUCCUCCCCCACUCUUCCCGGAGCCAGGCAGGAGCCUUCAUCUGCAUCUCCCCUUCAUCAGUGUGCCACCAUUCCCUCCAGCCCCUCUGCCCAUGUGUCCCCCACUCAGAGGAGUCCAGAGGGGCGUCAGCCGGCCGUGGGCCAGGUAGCAGUCGGCAGCACUGAAUCCUCCACCGCCCCGGCCACCACCACCAGGAGCAGCAGGGAGCCGGUUGUCCUGCCACAGCCUACUCCUGAAGAGGUCCCUGUUGAUGAGAACGUCUGGUCGUCGACCCUUCCAAAGUCCUCUGAGCAGCCUCAACCAGCGCCUCAUCCUCAGUCUAAACCUCAGCUCCAGCCUCAUCCCAAGCCCCAGUCCCAUCCCCAGCCAAAUGCCAGACUGGCCCCCGCUCCAGCUGAGUCAGUGGAGAGACCGUGGGAGGCCAUAAAGCCAGUACAGCCCCCAACAGAGCCUGUGCCCCACAACAAUGCCCAUGGGCCGCCAACGCCACCCGUCCGCUCCAUCGAGAGCAAACUGGCAACCGCUGCCCUGAGCCACACCGAGGCCGCCAACCCUGGCAUCUUCCACAAUAUCCUGGCAGAGGCUUCCAUGCCUGAAGAGGCCCUCGCCCAUCCGCCCCCUCCCCUGCGGAAGACUUCCAACCACCAGUCAGCCUACCUGUACCACACAAAGGGAGAUGCCGCCUCGCUGGAGCCUAUGGGUGAAGACUACUACCACCAGCGGGCCAUUCCCACAGGGCAGCCUUCGUACCACUACCGGCCGGACAGUGUUCCCCCACACCACUCCUACGUGUCCAAGUCAGAGCCCCAGAUACCUUACAGUGCCCGCACGGACCAGCGCUACAACACCCUGGCUCACCCCAGGUCCUACCACCAGACCAUGAAGCACCGCGGGCCCCCCAGGGCUGGUGAGUACAUCAGCCCCAGCCUGGGACACCGCGGCCAGGCCUACGGGCCAAUGGAGGGAGGCCCGGUCUACCCCACCAUUCGCAGGGUCCACUCGCUCCACGUGCCCUCGAACGUCCGUUCCGUGCCCUUCCAGAGGGCAGAGGUGCCGCCGGACAACGAGCUCUUCUACUACCAGCGGCCCGUCUACCAGUGCAAGGCCUACCAGCCGCCUCAGCAGUCCCCGCAGGCCGACUACCAUGUCACCCAGCUCCAGCCUUACUUUGAGAACGGCCGCGUGCAGUACCGCUACAGCCCGUAUUCGCCUAGCACCAACCCACUGGACAGCCCUUACUAUGACGUUGACCCCUACGGGACCGUCCGGCUGCGGCACUUCCACUCGUUCGGCAGCAGGGACCUGGGGCCAGCCCUCGGCCGGUCGGGGGGCAAGGCAGGAAGCUACCAUUACCUGUCCCGCCAUGUCUUCCCACCGGGGAAGGAGCACAGCUUCGUUAGCAGAGACAUGCCCCCAGUCCACGGCUCCAAGGGAGCCGCUGUCUACAUCGCUUGGGACCCCGAUGAGUCGGAAAGGCUUCGGAUGCACUCCAUCCGCAGAGAGAGUCGCGCCAGGCAGAAGGUCAAGGGUCCCGUCAUGUCUCAGUACGACAACGUGGGAAUGUUCGUGCCUGGAGACCUGGGAAGGUACGAAACCCUACACCUGCGCAGUAAGUCGGACCCUGGCAAAGCCAUGCUGAUGUCUGCUGAGGGUAAAGAUGGGCACUAUGGCGUACACCCAGGCUCCCAGCAUGCACCCCGACACCUGGUGUCAGACCUCGACCUCCUCAUGUACAUGGAGCCGGAAAAGCACUGUCAGGGGAACGGCACAGGGGACCAACAGAUCAGCUCCAGGAACUGCCCUGCCUCCCACUUGCACCAAGCCCAACACCUGCCGCGCAAACAACCCCAUCAGCAGGACCCUAGCCAGCACGACCCCGGCGACAGCGCUCGGGGCUUCCAACCGAGCUACGAACGACUCGAUCCAGACCGCCAUCUGAACCGGGCAAAAACCCCUGGUGGUCACCAGAAGCACGACGACCAGCAACAGCCGACCCCAGUCAAGCCUGAGCGGUUGCACAGCGUCCGAGAGCGACCGCAGCAGCACUACAGCCAAACGCCCAUGCCUGAACCGGACAGAGACUACUCAUAUCAGCUCCAUGGUCGGCAGCAGAGACACAGUACCGUGACGGUGCAGUCCCACUAUGACAAUCUGGAUGACUACCACCCAGCAGCAGUACCUCAGCCACAGGCCCCCAUGCCAAAUUCUCACGGGGGCUCCUCUGGCUCUUUCCCUACCAACCCUGGCUUCACAGGAAGCCACAGCAACAGAGCAUACUCGACUGCCUUGGGCCAGGGCGCCUUCAUUCCAGCUGAACUGGCCUUGCAGAGGCCUGAGACAGAAAUACAUGCUGAAUGAGGAAGAGACUUUUGAAAAGAAAUGUAAAACUUUUGCGCUGGUUUUAGGAAGCAAAUAAGUGACUCAACUCUAGAUUGAAAUGUUCCGCAGCCUCUGCAGGACAGUGGACUGUCAUCUGACCGUUUCACAUUAUUUUUCUCUGUAUUUUCUAAGAAUUGUAAAGAAAAUAAUAAGAUACUUUUUACAGAAUGUACUAAAUUUGCUUUAAUUUCCUUCAUUGUUUUAAGUCAAACAGUUUAAUGAAAUGGUGGCUAAAUGUUUAUGAUAUUAUAAAUAAAAGGUAUGUGAAACUGGAACCACAAAUAUUUUAAAUGUGUACAAAAAUGAACUACUGGUUUUAGCCGGUGCUAAGGAAGUAGAGCGUAACAGGAUGAAGAUUUGCAUUUUAGAAAUGCAUGUACAGUAAAUCUCUUAAAGAACUGUUCUGUGUACCUCUGAUAUCCAUUGUGUAAUUUCUGGUUGUUAUAGUAAAAAUUGUCAUAGGAGGAAAUCAUUGAGCCCUCCUUUAUGUGUACACAAGGCAGUGCAGUAUGUUCAAUUAAGAGUAUCAAGUGAGUUCUAGGCCUUCCGUAUUGGAGGAACGUUUACCUGGUACCGUAGGGGUAUGUUCAUAUUUUAUUUGCUCUGUGACUGUGCCAUGCUUAGAUUUUAUGUAUUUUUGCUAUGAAACAGAGUGAAGUUAAUUAUAAUGUAAUGUUAGAGGUUUGCUCUUCAUUGUAAGGGGGACCAAACGUUUUGGCUGAGUCUUUUUGACUGUGAAAGCAUUCCUGCACAUGCUUCAUGAUUGGGUUUGAGAAUGACAGUGUUACCUUGUAAGACAUUUUCAGUGCAAGUAGCUAAUGAAAUUGGCAGAUGAUUAAGAUUUAUCUAAUUUCAUUUCAGAUUAAGGUAAUUCAAAUAUUUAAACUUUGACCUUAUUUCAGUCGUAACCCCCAUUGGCUUGUGAAGGUACUAUUCUCUUUUGCCUUAUGAUUACCUAUUCAAAUGAAUACUAAACUAAAUACUCCCAUAUGUCCCUCCUUUGCUGUGGGGCACAGUGGCUAAAGAAACACAUAGUUGUGUGAAUGUGAAAACAUCUAUCUCAGUAACUGGAGGGUAUUGUAAUGUUAAAUAGUAACAACAAUAAAAUUGUUCAGGAAA